UUUCCACACUCUUUAUAUAGUCCCCUCAAUUCAAUAACGGUUACAUAGUUGCAUAUUAAUUCCACUUAAACAUGGAGAGAGUAAACACUAAAUCUUCUUUGAAGUUUGUCAAGAGCACUUCACAAUCUUCAUCUCAAUGGAGUAGUACUGAUUCUAAAGGAAUGACAAAAGAUGUACUCAAAGAAAGGUUUGAUGACAAGACUAAGGCUUCAAGAAAAUCUCCUCCCAAAGAAAAAACUAAACCACAGGAAUUCAAACUUCACACUCAAGAAAGAGCUGUCAAACGUGCAAUGUUCAACUAUGAAGUGACUACAAAAUUGUAUCUCAUGGAGUUGCAAAAGAGACAAGAAGAGAAGUUAAUUAAGAUGAUUGAAGAGGAAGAGAUACGUUUGCUAAGGAAAGAAAUGGUUCCAAGAGCUCAAUUGAUGCCUUAUUUUGAUAAGCCAUUCUCCCCACAAAGAACAAACAGAACAGUUCCAAGAGAAUCAUGCCUCCACAUGAUGAGUAGCAAGUGUUGGAGUUGCACAUCUGGUAAUGCAUUCUAUAACAUGCACCAAUGUGGUCAUCAAGCUCUCAAUCCAAUUAAAUAGAAGGCUUUUUUAUAUGAUUGUGGGAAGGAGCAUGUAAAAUGUACUCAUAUAGUUCUUGUAUUUCAUGCAUGUUGUACACUAUCCAAUAGAGAGAAAUGUUGAGAGUUUUUGUACCAUACCAUUUGAUAGCCUAGGUCCACUUAAUUAGGUGGCGAGAUUUUUUUUUAUGUAUUCUUUUGUAACAAAUAAAGAUGAAAGUGUUGUGUCCUUCGAUUAAGGAUUUCUACAUACCAUGCCUUGUACUACUUUGAAAAUAACAGAAUAGAAUUAUCACAAA